AUGUCGCUGCUCCACGGCCGCAGUAUCUUCCUACGCGGCGUGCGGCGUCUCGAGGCCGUGCACCGGGCUCCCGCCUCGUCGUCCUUCUGGGCUGGCCGUCGUCGUCCAGCAUCGCUCGCGCUUCCUGCGCUCGGUAAUGGCGUGCUGAGUUUCACGACGUCGUCGCUGGACGAGGACAACAACAAGAAGAAGACCACACCUUUGAUGACGAAGCCCAAUGCUCUGAAUGCGCUAAGCGGUAUGGGGCUGGAUCGCCCUCCUGACACGGCUAAAGAGAUCCUGAGCUUCCUCAUGGGUCAUUUGUGGCCCAGCGAUGACUCUAAGGAGGCGAAGGAGAUCAAGAAAAAGGUGCUCAUCUCAGCAGGCCUUGUGGUUGCCUCCAAGGCUCUAACCAUCCAGGUACCGUUCAUCUUUAAAGAGCUCGUGGAUAGCAUGGGUGAGACCUCCGCGAUGUUGGCUGGUUCACCCGAGAUCGCGGUGCCUCUGGCGAUGGUGCUCGGCUAUGGUCUGGCGAGGCUCAGUGCCAGCGCGUCGUCUGAAUUGGCCAAUGCUGUGUUUGCGACAGUGGCACAGAAGACUAUCCGUAAAGUCGCAGUGCGUGUGUUCAAGCACUUGCACGCCAUGGAUCUCAAGUUCCACCUAGACCGACAGACAGGUGCCCUAUCACGCAUUAUUGACCGUGGUUCGCGCUCAAUUGACUUUGUGCUGCGUGCCAUGGCCUUCCGAGUGGUGCCAACGGUACUGGAGAUUGGACUCGUGAGCACGAUCAUGGCUACCAGCUUCGGACUGCCGUACGCGGGUGUGACACUCGGUACGCUAACUGCGUAUACGACGUUCACGGUGCUGGUUACACAAUGGCGUGAUGAGAUUCGUCGUGAGAUGAACCGCCUCGAGAAUGAGGCAGGCGCGAAGGUUAUCGACUCACUAAUGAACUACGAGACGGUCAAGUAUUUCAAUAAUGAGGAGCACGAGACAGCGCAAUACGAUGAGUCGCUUAAAGGAUACCAGAACGCGGCGCUCAAGACACAAACGUCUCUGGCCAUGCUAAACGCCGGACAGAACGGCAUCUUUAGUGUUGGUCUUACUGCUAUCAUGUACAUGGCGUGUGAAGGGAUCGCUGCUGGAACACUCAGUGUUGGUGACUUAGUGCUGGUAAACGGUCUGCUGUUCCAGCUGUCGAUCCCGCUGAAUUUUAUUGGCAGUAUCUACCGUGAAGUGCGUCAAUCAGUCACGGACAUGGAGUCAAUGUUCAAACUUGGCGCUGUGACGCCUGUCAUCACCAAUCCGGAAGAGAACUUAAGCCUGUCAGGCAGAGGACCAAAGUCGAUUGAGUUCCGUGAUGUGCAGUUCGGAUACCGUCCAGAGCUGCCGAUUCUUCGUAAGGCUUCGUUCAAGGUGGACGCUGGCAAGCGUGUUGCUAUCGUUGGCACGAGUGGCUCCGGAAAGUCGACGGUGCUGCGAUUGCUCUACCGUUUCUACGAUCCUCAGAACGGUACGAUUCUCAUUGACGGAAAAGAUAUUCGACAGUUGAGUCUGGACGAGUUGCGUCAGGCGAUUGCUAUCGUCCCUCAGGACACCGUGCUGUUCAACGACACGAUCUUUUACAACAUCAACUACGGACGUCUGGAUGCCACAUCCGAGGAGGUCAUGAAUGCUGCUCGUGUCUCGCAGAUCCACCAAUCCAUUAAAACGUUCCCGGAUGGAUACAAUACUCGUGUGGGUGAGCGCGGAUUGAAGCUCUCUGGCGGCGAGAAACAGCGAGUGUCGAUCGCACGUGCGAUGUUGAAAGACUCGCCAAUCCUGCUGUUCGAUGAGGCCACGAGUGCUCUCGACUCGGAGACGGAAUCAGAGAUCGUGCGUGAGUUCGCGUCCAUCGGCGCGAACCGAACGUCGCUUAUCAUCGCUCACCGUUUGUCGACUAUCCAGGACGCCGACGAGAUCAUCGUGUUCGACAAGGGUCACGUGAUCCAGCAGGGCUCGCACGAGGAGCUGCUGCGCGACGUCGAAGGCAAGUACGCUGAGAUGUGGGCUCGCCAGAACCACCACAUGCUCGGUUUGAUUAGUAGCGACGGCGAUGAACUGGAUGAAGAGAAGAAGGCCAACGACAUUUAG